GCAGGUCACCGCAGAGCGAGCGCAAAGUCCCGCAGAGCAUCGCAUGUCAUCGAGUGAGGCAAAAGCCGGUAAGUGUGCAUCUCAAGUCACCGCAGAGCAUCGCAGUCAUCGCAGAAUCGCAAAGUCACCGCAGAGCAUCGCAAAGUCACUGCAGAGCAUCGCAAUCACCGCAGAAUCACAAAGUCACCGCAGAGCAUCGCAAGUCACCGCAUCAAGAAAAGUCUCCUUUAAGACUGACGUUUGUUUCUGCAACCUUCAGAUCACAGUAUCCUGCUUUUCAAUUAAGGUCAAUUAAGAGCUUUCCUUUAUUACUCACUUAUGCACAUAGGUUUCUGCAGGAGACAUUUUUGUGCUCAAGAGAAUACAGACUUUU